AUGAAAAUUAGGCGGUCACGAAAAUUAGAGAAUCAGUUGGGAGUGUCACGGAUUCGGCGAAUCGCACAGUCUGCUUUGUUGACUGGAGUCAUUCGUGAGUCUUUGGAACGAUUACGGACGCAAUUUUUCCCCGAACAGUCCGAAGCGGCUCGGGGAGCGAGAGUUGAGGAAGACGAACCACCGGACAUUGGAAAACACGUUACCGUUACAAUCAGUCACGUGCCGGUUCGGAUCGAUGUGGGUAAUUUGGGCUCGGUCACGCAGGACGAUACGCUUAUUAAAGUUCAAGGUCAGUGUUGGCCUGCAUUCGAUAGCAAGCUGAUUAUAGUUCCAAAAUCCGAUUCCGCCACUGGGCAAAAUUGA